AUGGGGAGGCCCAGGACCCUGAACCACACCCUGCGGAGUUCAACGGUCAUCGUCAUGCCAACGGUGGGGGAGGCAGAGCUGCCCGUCUCCAAGUCUCAGAGGAGACACAGCGAUGUCAAAGUCUACAAGGAGUUCUGUGACUUCUAUGCACGCUUCAACAUGGCCAGUGCCCUGGCCAAUGCGAUUUGUGAGCGCUGUAAGAGUGGCUUUGCCCCGGCGGAGAAGAUCGUCAACAGCAACGGGGAGCUGUACCAUGAGGGAUGCUUUGUUUGUGCUCAGUGCUUCCAACAAUUCCCUGAGGGUCUCUUCUAUGAGGUGACGUUCACUUACUGUUCCCCUCUUACCAUCACACAUGCUCUCCUCUCUCCCGCUCUACCAAUUCAAUUCAAAGGGCUUUAUUGGCAUGGGAAACAUAUGUUUACAUUGCCAAAGCAAAUGGAAUAGACAACAAACAAAAGG